AUGAAAGAACUGAUAGAGCAAGUGAAAAAGUUGUCUACUGAAGUAACUUACCUUAGAAAUCAGAAUAACCAGAUGCAGAGCAUGCAAAGAAAUCAUCAGCCAUACCAAAGAGGCAACAGAGGGUACCAUAAUAACCCUCUAAAUCAUCAUGAGAACCAUCAAGGACAUAGUGUCGAGCAUCAAAAUAACAAUCAUGGUUUUCAGAAUAACAAUAAUAACCAAGGAUUCCAUAAGAAAGCAUGGAACACGACACCAAAUAAUGGGGGUGUGCCUUCAUCGCUGGACAAUCUGCCACCCUCUGAUAGUAGACCUGCAGAUAAGAUAUUCCUCGCAGAAGCUACCCUGUCAACUUGGUGUAGGCUACACAACACCAGCCAACAUUCUGAGCUACAGUGUCAUGAAUUCCAAGUAGCCACUGAUAUUUUUCGGCAAAAAAUGAGAAAUUUUGAAGGUCCUGAAAAUCCUCCAGCCACAGGAUAUGAGAUAAUCCCAACACAAAGAUAUGACCAGGCUCUUAUUCUAGAGGAUUUCAGAUUCCCACCUGAAUUUGAAGAUUACACGCCACCACAGGGAUCUUACAGAUUCCCACCAGCAUCGACAAAUGGCCCCGUGGAGGCCCCAGGGUAG